AUGAGGUACGACGGGACUAAGGAUCCCCAAGAGCACCUCACAGCCUUUGAAGCAAGAAUAAACUUGGAUGGGGUAGGCGAUGCGGUCAGAUGCCGAGCGUUCCCUGUGACGCUAGCCGGUCCAGUGAUUCAAUGGUUCAACGCCCUCCCACAAGGAUCCAUCGCAGCUUUUGCGGACAUCUCCCAAAGCUUUCUGGCUCGGUUCACGACACGCAUAGCCAAGGCCAAGCACCCAAUCAACUUGCUAGGGGUUACCCAAAAGCCCGAGGAGCCGACCAGAAAGUUCCUAGACAGAUUAAACGACGAGUUCCUGGAGAUUGACGGCCUUACGGACUCAUUUGCUAGUCUUUGCCUAACGAAUGGCCUGCUAAACGAAGACUUUAGGAAGCACCUCACUACCAAGCCUGUCUGGUCCAUGCAAGAAAUUCAAAGGGUGGCCAAGGAAUACAUCAACGAUGAGGAAGUGAGUCAGGUUGUAGCAGCCAACAAACGGCAGCUCCCAAACCCCCCAGCUCGGCAAGCCCCCCAGGUCGACAGGUACAAAGAAGCUCCCAGGGACGGCACCCUAGGUAAGCAGUCCAAGCAACCUCCACGGGUAGGAAAGUUCACGAACUACACGCCACUUACGAUGCCCAUAGUAGAGGUUUACCAACAAAUCACAGACAAGGGAAUCCUAUCCAGACCUAGACCAUUGAAAGAAAGAAUGGGAGGCAACAAAAGCAUCUACUGUGAUUAUCACAAGGGAUUUGGUCACAAAACCCAAGACUGCUUCGAUCUCAAAGACGCCUUAGAACAUGCCAUCAGAGAAAGAAAGCUGAGUGAAUUCUCCCGGCUCAUUAGAGAACCGAGGAGAUGA